GAAGUCUUAUAAUUCAAUGUUAAUCCGAUCCUAUCUAGGAAACAAACGACCCGCAGGGAGAAUAGAUUAAUCACCCUCACAAUCACUACGCCCAGAUAAUAUUUUCUUCAUAUCUCACGCGGCCACGCCUCACCAGUUACCUCCACAUUUUCUCCCUCAGGCUGCGUCCACGGCGGCACGGUCACACCAAACGCGACCCGCCUCAAUUGACCACCUGAAAUUUCAAUUCGACAGGGGCACUAUGGUUGGAAUUUGACUGAUACCUUGAAAAUAGAGGCGCCUUCGAAAGUUAAAACGGAACGUGAUCAAUGAACUCAGAGUUGACGGUUUGAUAUGUGAUGCAUAUUUAGUCGAUGAGACGUCAUUGUUUUCUAAGUUGUUAUGAAGAACACGUGAGCACGUGACAAAUCUUACUAAAACAAAUAGCUUCAACCAUCUAACGGUAACAGAUACAAAGGUGGUGAUUGGUUGGUUGUUAUUAUCAUGUCUUUCUCUCUCAUCUCCGUUUCAUCCAAUUCUUCAUCACCAUUCGUCAGAAAGCUUCCCAUCUCAGAAUCUUCUUCUUCCUCGUCAGCCUAUCCCUGCUCCCACUUUUGUUGUCAUGCCUCUUCAACUAAUUUUAAACGCACCCCUCUCCAUUCUCAUCUUUCCACUGCCUUUGUUCCAAUAAAUUCCAUUUCCAAUUCAUCUUCUAUGUAUAGUGGCACCGAUGCCGACCCUACUGCAGCAGAUUACAGUUCGGCAGACAGUGACAGUCUUUCUGCCAUUGAAGCUGAUGAAUUAGGAGUUUCUGAUUCUGAUGAUGAUGAAGCCCAUCAAGAGCAUGAAAAGAAUGAGACCCAAUCUUCCUCCUUGCCUGAUAGAUGGCAUGUCUUGGGCCUCGGCCAAGCUAUGGUGGACUUUUCUGGUAUUGUUGAUGAUGGAUUUCUUGCUAGACUCGGGUUGAACAAGGGAACAAGGAAAGUAGUGAAUCAUGAAGAGAGGGGUAAAGUUUUACGCGCCAUGGAUGGAUGCAGCUAUAAAGCUGCUGCUGGUGGUUCUCUAUCUAACACAUUGGUGGCCUUGGCAAGGCUUGGUGGUCAAACCAUUGGAGGACCUUCACUCAAUAUUGCCAUGGCUGGCAGUGUUGGAAGUGAUCCGCUUGGUGGAUUCUACCGAUCGAAGCUCUGGAGAGCAAAUGUGAAGUUCCUCUCAACACCGGUGCAGGAUGGAACAACUGGAACCGUCAUUGUUCUCACAACUCCGGACGCUCAAAGGACCAUGCUCUCAUACCAGGGCACAUCUUCACGGGUGAACUAUUGUCCUAGCUUGGCGAGCUUAAUAUCCAAAACAAGUAUAUUGAUUGUCGAAGGAUACUUAUUCGAAUUUCCCGACACAAUUAAAACAAUUGCAAGGGCGUGUGAGGAGGCCCACAGGUGUGGUGCUCUAGUAGCCAUCACGGCUUCUGAUGUCACAUGCAUUGAGAGACAUUAUGACAAUUUUUGGGAUAUUAUGGCAAAUUAUGCAGACAUCAUCUUUACAAACAGUGAUGAAGCCAGAGCCUUUUGCCGUUCUCCCUCAAACGAAGUCCCUGUUUGUGCCGCGAGGUACCUAAGCCAUUUUGUUCCGUUUGUCUCGGUCACAGAUGGCCCUAAAGGUUCGUAUAUCGGUGUAAAAGGAGAAGCUAUUUAUAUCCCCCCAUCGCCAUGUGUACCUGUCGAUACUUGUGGAGCUGGAGAUGCCUAUGCAUCUGGCAUAUUGUAUGGUUUAUUACGAGGUGUGUCUGAUUUGAGAGGUAUGGGCACCUUAGCUUCUAAGGUUGCAUCCACAGUUGUUGCACAACAAGGGACACGGUUGAGAGUUCAAGAUGCUGUCGAGUUAGCUGAAUCGUUUUCGCUCCAUCAUGAAAGUUCCACCAUGUGAUCUGUUGUUUAUCGGAUACUUUAGUUGUAGUUUUAUUGAACUGUGUGUACCAUAAUUAGUUGUAGCUGGUUCUAUGCAUACCGACUGAAGACAUCAUCAUUAUUAAUUAUAUACUGUGUAUACCGCCGACUGAUGAACCAUAUUUCGUGGAAGCAUGUAUAUAACCGGAGAGGUGUAUCUUCUUAUUGUGUUAUAUAUGCUAAAAGAGAUGUUAGACAACUUCUGAUUCAAAUGAAUGUUCAUUAACUUAUACUCUGGAUAGUUUGAUGUACAUUGUUGAAUUUUUAUGUUGUUCUGG